AUGGGGCUCGACCUUAUGGAUGGAAAACCUGUGCGUGUGUUUGCUGAUACAGAUGCAGUGAAGUCAGUGUCCGUGCUGGAGGGAGAUUCAGUCACUCUAAACUCUAAUGUUACUGAAUUAAUGGAUGAUGAUCUGAUUCUGUGGAGGUUUGGAUCUGAAAACACUUUAAUAGCUGAAAUCAAUGUAAUGGAUGGCAGCAUCACUGUAUAUGAUGAUGUUCUUGAUGAGAGAUUCAGAGACAGACUGAAGGUGGAUCAUCAAACUGGAUCUCUGAUCAUCACAAACACCAGAACUCAACACACUGGACUCUAUCUACUACAGACCAACAGUGUGAGCAAGAGUUUCUCUCUCACUGUCUAUGGUGUGUUUGCUGAUACAGAUGCAGUGAAGUCAGUGUCCGUGCUGGAGGGAGAUUCAGUCACUCUAAACUCUAAUGUUACUGAAUUAAUGGAUGAUGAUCUGAUUCUGUGGAGGUUUGGAUCUGAAAACACUUUAAUAGCUGAAAUCAAUGUAAUGGCCGGCAGCAUGACUGUAUAUGAUGAUGAUCUUGAUGAGAGAUUCAGAAACAGACUGAAGCUGGACAAUCAAACUGGAUCUCUGAUCAUCACAAACACCAGAACUCAACACACUGGACUCUAUCUACUACAGACCAACAGUGUGAGCAAGAGUUUCUCUCUCACUGUCUAUGCUUCUUUGCCCACUCCUAACAUCAUCAGAGACUGUUCUUCAUCAUCAUCAUCAUCAUCACAGCAGAAUUGUUCACUGGUGUGUUCAGUGGUGAAUGUGAGUCAUGUGACUCUCUCCUGGUACAAAGGAAACAGUUUAUUGUCCAGCAUCAGUGUGUCUGAUCUCAGCAUCAGUCUCUCUCUACCUCUGGAGGUGGAAUAUCAGGAGAAAAACAGCUACAGCUGUGUGCUCAACAAUCCCAUCAGCAACCAGACCACACAUCUGGACAUCAGUGAACUUUGUCACACAUGUGCAGUUGAGACUAAUGAAGACGAGAUCACUUACAUUGAGCCGAUGUUCUACAAAAGAAAAGCACAGAAACCGGAAGCAGCACGUGCUAUCAACGCUGCUUUCUUUGCCUCAGCUUUCAUACAUGCAGAGGAUGCAGUAGAUUACACCGAGAAUCUUGAUGUUCGACUUGAACAACUAGUGUGA